AUGCAGUUGAUGGAGAAGUCCUUGGUCGAGACUGACCCGGCUAUUGCUGAGAUCAUGGAGAAGGAGGUUCAGCGCCAGCGCGAGUCCAUCCUGCUCAUCGCCUCCGAGAACGUUACCUCUCGUGCCGUUUUCGAUGCCCUUGGCUCUCCCAUGUGCAACAAAUACUCCGAAGGCUAUCCUGGAGCAAGAUACUACGGUGGAAACCAGCACAUCGAUGAGGUCGAACUGCUCUGCCAAAAGAGAGCCCUCGAGGCCUUCCAUCUCGACCCUGAGCAGUGGGGAGUCAAUGUUCAAUGCUUGAGCGGCAGCCCUGCCAAUCUCCAAGUCUACCAGGCUAUCAUGCGGCCACACGACCGCUUGAUGGGUCUAGACCUGCCUCACGGUGGUCAUUUGUCCCAUGGCUACCAGACGCCUCAAAAGAAGAUCUCUGCUGUGUCAACCUACUUUGAGACUUUCCCGUACCGCGUAAACAUUGACACGGGCAUUAUCGACUACGACCGUCUGGAGGAGAACGCCCUCAUGUACCGGCCCAAGACCAUCGUCGCUGGCACCUCUGCAUACUGCCGGCUGAUCGAUUAUGCCCGCAUGCGCCAAAUCGCCGACAAGGUUGGCGCCUACCUGGUUGUGGACAUGGCACAUAUCUCCGGUCUCAUCGCUGCCGAGGUGAUCCCUACGCCGUUCAAGUAUGCCGACAUCGUUACUACCACCACCCACAAGUCUCUGCGUGGUCCUCGUGGUGCCAUGAUCUUCUUCCGGAAGGGCGUGCGCAGCACCGAUGCCAAGUCCGGCAAGUCUGUUCUUUACGAUCUCGAGGGUCCCAUCAACUUCUCCGUCUUCCCUGGUCACCAGGGUGGGCCUCAUAAUCACACCAUCACUGCUCUGGCUGUGGCCCUGAAGCAAACCAUGACCCCCGAUUUCAAAGCUUACCAGAAACAAGUCCUUGCCAAUGCUAAAGCACUUGAGAACGAGUUCAAGGCUCUUGGUCACCCUCUUGUCGCUGACGGCACUGAUUCGCACAUGAUCCUCUUGGAUCUACGACCUAACUCUCUCGAUGGCGCCCGCGUGGAGGCCGUGCUCGAGCAAGUUAACAUUGCGUGCAACAAGAACUCCAUCCCAGGUGACAAGUCGGCCCUGACGCCCUGCGGCAUCCGCAUCGGUGCCCCUGCCAUGACAAGUCGUGGCAUGGGAGAAGAAGACUUUAAGCGCAUUGCGAACUACAUCCACCAGGUGAUCUCUAUCUGCAAGAGUGUUCAAGCAGGCCUGCCUAAGGAGGCAAAUAAGCUGAAGGACUUCAAGGCAAAGGUUGCUGGCGGUGAGGUCGAGGAGAUCAACACGCUGAAGAAGGAGAUCGCUUCUUGGGCUGUGACCUUCCCUCUGCCCGUGUAG